ACCUGCCUGCGCACAGCUGAUCGUGACGUCACUCGUCAACAUGGCGGACUGGAAUAGAGGUCAUGGCUCUGUGGAAGACAUGCUGGAUGCCGAAAACAAACGGAUGGCUGAGAACCUGGCCAAUAAAGUCUCCAGACUGAAAUCUCUGGCAUACGACAUCGAUAGAGAAGUAGAUGAUCAGAACGAGUAUCUGGACGGCAUGGACUCGAACUUCCUAAGUGCGACAGGUCUGCUGACCGGCAGCGUGAAACGUUUCUCCACCAUGGUCCGAUCAGGCAGAGACAACCGCCGCAUCCUCUGCUACGUGUCCGUGGGCCUGGUCCUGGUCUUCUUCCUGCUAUAUUACCUUGUCUCCAGAAUUCAACGCUGACGGAAAAACCAGAUCACCCAGGAGCUUGUCCUAAUGUGGAGCUCGGACUGUAGAAUCUGACAUCAUAAUCAUCUCUGUGGUUGUCCUUCACAGGAGAAGACUUUUUAUUCUGCACCAAAGUGAGAAAACAAACCACAUUUUUGAAAACAUUUUGUUGAUUUGUUGGACUGACCAGCAGGGAGUUCUGGUGCUGGGGAAACGGUAGUGGGUGUGGUCAUGCCUACUAUAUAUAUAUAUAUAUAUAUACACACACACACACACACACACACAAAUGUUGGACUUUGGGCUAUUCCACUGGGCAUGGUCCCUUCCUAUGGCAGCCAGGAAGUCUUAAUAUGGGUAAAUUGAAGGUACAGCCAGAACGCAGCACAGGUGGGAGUGCCACCAACUACAGCUGACAUUUAUUCACAGGGUAACUGGGUCUGAGUUCCAGACUGAAAAAUAAUUUAAGUUUUGAGUACUAGCUGCUCAAAUUCAAAAUUACUUAAAUAUAUUUUGAAAACUAAUAAACUGGGUGGUGUUGACUAUUGAAUCACACUGACUCAAAAAAUCAAGACAGCGACUGUCAGGAGGGAAAAUUUUGCUUUUUCUUUAUGAAGUUUAAUUUCCAUUUUGAUUGAUGUCAACAUGCAUAAUUUGAUAUUUCCUGUCAAAACAUGAAACUUUGAUGUUUUCUAUUAUUAUUUUCUUUUGAAAGUUGUUUAGUGUUCAAUCUGGAAAAGCAAUGGGGAUUUGGACACAGCAUGUGAUGAUUUGCUGUUUAGCAUAUGAAGUGACAUAACCACUUGCUAUUGGCUGGUCUUUAGUGCACCAGGUGAUGUCACCAUCUGUUGAAGGACUGUCAGCUAACUGUUUCAUUUUCAUGUCUCUUUGUUUUUUAUUUUUUUAUUUUAAGGAUCAAUGUUAACACAGGUUUGUGAAAGCAGCUUGUUGUAAGCUUUUUUCUAAGCAUCUAACGUCAUUUUAUAUAUUCUGUUCAGUUGAUUGACGAGAGAUACGAUUAUAGGCCAAUACUACAUCCGAAAUAUGUGAAUCUAUUUUUUCUAAAAAAAAAAAAAUUAAAUAUCAGUUUGUUUAGUUGUGUUUUACUUCAGUCUCAUGAGCAGUACUAGCUCAUUGUGUGUUUGCAGUUCACCCUGUUUCCUUCAAAUAAUAGAGAGGAAUAAUUGGGACCUGUUCUGUUUGUGCUGUAUAGGGAUAUUGGCAUAAUUUGUCUUCAUGAAUUAUAUUCCACAUCCAGUCCUUCUGAAAGAGACAAAAACUAUUUAAGAGGGUAAUAAAGAGUUUACUGUCUCUAUUUGUUUACAUUCCCGCUGUUUGGACUGCUAAUCAGCCACAGCCAGGAUUUAAUAUUGUUAUUAUUAAUACACAAAUGGUUUUAAUGAUGGAACUUGUAGGAGAUAAUAGCAAAAAAUAUAUCUGUAACAGUCUUCAUUGACAAAGAGAAGAAUAUUUUUAUUUUCAUAACAUAGUAUGACUUAGAUAAAUUGUAUUUCAGUAACCAAAUGGAAAUUAAUCGCAACAGUAUAUCACAUAUAUCAAGUCUGAAUUUUAUUUCUUUUAUGUUUAUGUGAAUGUCAUUUCCCAAUAUCAAAAUAUAAAUGCUUCAUGUUCAAAACAGGAAUAAAAUUCUUAAACUUUGCCUUUUAGUAUAUUAAAAGAUAAAAAGAAAAUAUUUUUAAACAACCUUGUUGUAGUUGAAGAAUGCAACCUCCCCCACAUACACAUAUUUUUGUAUUCAGCUAAGUUUAUGAAUUAAUCAGCUCUGCAGUGCGGAAGUUUUCACCACAAAAAAUAUUGUCUGAAAAACAAAAUUAAAGAAUGGACAUACAAGUUUGUUGAAAUGGCAUUUAACAUGCAAUAAAUUGUCUAUACAUUUUGA